AUGGGCGUCGCAGCAACUGCUUUGCAAUCAACAGCCUACGCCAUUGCUGGCGUGGUGGCCCUCUAUGCUGCCUUUGUAACCAUUCUCACCGUGCCAGCGGUGCAGAACCAGGUCAUUUACCUAAACAAGGUUAAGCUGACGUGGUGGAUGGACGUCAACUACCCUGAGCAAUGGGGCUUCCUACACAACCAGGUCACACCCUUCACUUUGGACACGUCCGAUGGCGAGACACUGCACGCGUGGCAUAUUCUCCCGCCAGGAGCCUGGCAGGAUCAUGCCGAGGUCUUGCUCAGUGAGCCGGCUGGACUGGUUGAGGAUAUCAAGUUGAGGAAGAGCUUCCAAAUAUUAAGAGACGAUCCGGAGGCGCUGCUUGUGCUGUACUUCCACGGUGCAGCAGGGACACUAGGGUCUGGCUAUAGGCCGCCAAACUACAGGGCAAUAUCAGCAAUGGGGCCUCACAGAGUGCACAUUGUCGCCGUUGACUAUCGAGGCUUUGGUACCAGUACGGGCACGCCUUCAGAGAAGGGUCUCCAGAUCGAUAGCCAGAGGUUGGCGACCUGGGUGAUGGACGAGGUGGGCAUCCCUCCAGAGAGGGUCGUUCUCUUCGGACAAUCUUUGGGGACGGCCGUGGCCAUUGCACUAGCGCACCACUAUGCGCACCUCCAGGAGCCGAUCCAUUUCAGCGGCAUGGUCCUUGUCGCGCCGUUCGCCGACGUCGAGCUCCUGACGGCCACCUAUCGCGUGGCCGGCACCGUACCACUGCUGGAGCCCGUCGCCAAGUUCCCUCGACUGCUGGCUCUGCUCAACACCUUCAUCAGGGACAAGUGGUCGUCAAAGGCGCGACUGGCGGAGCUCAUACGCCUGCACAACGAGGACAUGGCCCGGCCUGAGUACUACAUCAACCUGCUCCACGGGGAGGAUGAUUAUGACAUCCCCUGGACGCACAGCGACCAGCUCUUCUGGCACGCCGUCAAGGCGAGUGAGGAGAUCAGCUUUGAGGAUCUCGAGGGGGAGAAGAAGGCGACCAGGCUAGAGAUGGGAAGUGGAGGCUGGAUGGUUGAGAGGAAGAGUGGGCGAGGCGUCAUUCGCGAGGAGAUUAUGAAGUACGGUCUGCAUGAUAGGAUCAUGGGAUACCCAAGCGUGAGCCUGGCAGUGUGGAGAGCCUUUGGCUUUGGUAGAAAGGACAAUGAGGCACAAUGA